UCCCUGAACAAUCCUGUAGCUUGACAGUAGUGUGAGCGCUGAGCAGUCGAGGGAGGAAGAGGUUUUCAUUGUGGCGAGGACUGAGUUUACAGUUUGCACUGUUAUAUAACGUUAAUUUCGUUGUCGUUGGGUGUCUGGGCGGCGUAUUCCUUCCCUGUUGUUGAUUACCAGCCGUUCAAACCGGAAUGGCCGAACCGAGCGCCAGAUAUCAGCAGCUGCCCAAUGAGGAGGACCCAGAAGAGAGUCCACAGGUAGCAGCAGACGCUCCACCCCCAUACAGCAGCAUCGCAGCAGACAAUGCUGCCUACUUCGACUACAAGGAAGACGGGGCUUUCCCCAAGCCUCCAUCAUACAACGUAGCAACUACGCUACCUUCCUAUGAUGAAGCAGAAAGAACCAAGGCAGAGACUACUGUUCCCCUGGAUGAAGACUUUGUGAACAGAGAUGACUUUGAAGAUGCUGAUCAGCUGAGGAUAGGAAAUGAUGGCAUCUUCAUGCUCACUUUUUUCAUGGCAUUCCUGUUCAACUGGAUUGGUUUCUUCCUGUCUUUCUGUCUGACCACCUCAGCAGCCGGGCGCUACGGGGCCAUCUCAGGCUUUGGCCUCUCCCUCAUCAAAUGGAUCCUCAUAGUCAGGUUUUCCACAUACUUCCCUGGUUACUUUGAUGGACAGUACUGGCUGUGGUGGGUGUUCCUGGUGUUGGGCUUCUUGCUCUUCCUUCGAGGAUUCAUCAACUAUGCCAGAAUCCGCAAGAUGGCUGACACCUUGUCCACCCUGCCCCGCACCCGAGUCCUCUUCAUCUAUUGAGCUCACAAUCCAUCAUUCAUCAUUUCAUCAUCUUUUUCCCUCUCCUUUUCAGUGAGACAUAAUCUCUAGUCUUUAUCCAAUCAAAAUGGGAGAGAAGAUUCCCCCCCCCGCUUGACAAGAUUUGGACAAUAUAACGUCUGUUGUCCGCUCUUGGUGUAAAAUAGUGAAUGCUGAAAAAUCUGUAAAAACCCCUCAAUUGUUAGUGGUGUUAACUGUCAAGUGCUAUUUGCAAUUAUGAAGUGUGUGAUGUAUAAAUGAAUGCCUUAUUUACGGUUUUACUAUCUGUUGGUAGCAGCAGCAUGCACUGUUCUCCUGUUUAGCCACCAGGGGGCAGUCUUGUUUGUGUUAUUUUUCACCAGUCUUAUGUCUAAUGAAGUCAUUUGUAUAGAGAGGAGGUACUCAGCCCAGGGGUCAGUGAGUAAUUUUGGGGUUAUGGGUUGAUUUAUGCAGUCUGAAAAAAUAUAUUUCAUGUACCAAUUUAAUGUGCUUUUAAUCUUCCUGACCAAUAUUUCUUGUCCCUUGUGAAAAAGUAUAUAAUUCACUGAAAAGGGAAAAUCAUUAUCUGUUGUUUAGGUUCAAGGGCUGAAAAGGUUGAGGACCAUAUGUAUAGAAGAUCAUUUUUUCCAAUUGUCCAUCCUUACACACAGUCAUCACGAAUGUUAUGUUCUUAUAUAUGAUACAUGUAUGUCAGCAGAGAGGUAAAGCUGAGGGUAGCCAGGAGCAGAGCUUCUUGGGCAGGUUGGAGAUCGCUGCCUUGCUCAAGGAUGCAGUGAUAGGGAUAGAAUAAGCUGCAACUGGACGGUUCUUGUUAAAUAAAUGAUUCCGACGCCCAAUCUUAGUCACUGGCACCCAUUGGUUUCUAAUGAGGAAAAAAUUAUUGUAUUGCCAGAUGUGAUUUGGAAACCCUGUCCUGUGAAGAACAAGGACUAUAUUAAUACAGAGCUGAGAUUUAUUUCCUUUGACGUUACAAUGAAAUAUUAAAAAAGUCAUUCAUUUAUGUUUACCCUCAUUCUAGUGGAAGUGGAAUAGUUGUUUUUUUAUUGCAAGAAUUUUAAGUAUGUGUUUGGAAUUAAAGUGGAAAAGGUACAUUUUUGUAUUGAGCUAUUUAUCAAAUGGUAAAAGCUUUCAGUAAAAAUGUAACAUGACAUAACAGCCAUUUUAGUUGUGCUAGAUAUUCAGGUUGCAGGGUACCACUACACAACAACUUGAAUUAUGUAGCACUCAAUCAUAUAAAAUCAGAGAACUGUUCAAAGAUAAGUAUGUUGAUAUUAACUAAAAGGAGGAGCUAUUUCUAUUACUGCUGGAUUUUAAACUUGCAUACAAACAUUAAAAUCCAGCCAUGCUGUUGUUCUCUGGGCUGCAAGCUCAGGUGUCUUGACUUUAGGAAAGUAAUUUAAAAGAUUGACAAAAGAAGCUUGAUUCCCCCUCUCAAAAUCAUUAAGACUGACAUUUUCAAAUGAUGUGGUUUUAUCUCCAAAAUGCCUAAAUUAGAGAGAUACAUCAAGAAAUUAUAUUCUGUCAGUGGAUGAUACAUUGUUUUAGACUUUAACCAAGUUUAAUUUGAACUCCUCACCCUCAUGACCUUACUGGACCUAAAUAAAAACACAAUCUACCAUG